UCCCUCAGUCUGUAUAAAAUCACCCUGUCAAAUUCUUUGACUUAAAACAGAGGGGAAAAUAUCCAAAAUAUAAAUAAAUCUGUUUGGAAAAAAAGAGAAGAUUUGGGACUGUGAUCUCUCCCUCUCUUUCUGGUUCUUGUUUGUUCUUUCCCAAAGAGUGGGAGAAACCGAGACAGGCUUCUUUUAUCAAUAUUUCUCUUUACGUAUUAAUGUAAUAACAUCUAACAGGUCCUAUUGGUGUGUGCUGUACAAUAUCGGAACUUAUGUAGAGUAUAAUUAUCCAUCCUUUUCUAUGUUGGCUCUUCUGAGUCCAGCCCUUUGUAGAUUGUAUAGUUAGUUCAAGAUGAUAGUACUUCUUUAAAGUAAGCGGCGGAUUUAAGAUUUUAGACCAGCAAAUCCACUGCAUCGUUGUAUCACUACUACUUUUGUGACUAUAGGUAUCUACAUUUCUUCUGUUCCACAAUUGUAAUUGGCAUCUGGCAUGGAACAGACAAAUUAGCAACGAAAUUUGUUAGCUGAGGCCAUACAAUCAAAGUAAAGAAGAGACACUGUCGUCGCCAUAGAAAAUUCCGUGGAAAGAAUUUGAUCGCUAUUAUUGAAGGAACCAGGAGAAGAAAUAGUGAUGUAGGACCACACAUCACUGUUAGUGAGUUUGUGAGAAGAUCUGAAUCUCCAAUUCCAAAUACCAUCUUACUCAGUUGCAGUGGCAUCAUACUCAAACAGAUGCUACUGUUCUUAGCCAAGAAGAAGCAUGGUUUGACACAUUCAGCAAUGUUGACUCCGACUCAGAUGAUGACUUCAGCAGCGUCCACGGAGAUUUAUUCCCAAAAAAGGGACAAGUAAUUCAAUAUGAAACUUCAUCAUGCAUCAUGGGUAACAACUAUAAGUACAAGGAGUACCAUGAAAGAUAUCUGAAGAUAGAUGGAAGUAGAACAGAUAAGUUUUUGCUCAAAGAUGGAGUUAAUAGUCCAAAAGGACUUGCACUUAUAGGUGGUCAGGGAUAUGAAGUUCCAACCCUUGGGAAGCAUAAAAUCCUUGGUGCCCAAAGGAAGAGAUAUUUGGACCGUGCAUAUGGAAGUUUUAAUAGCGUCAAAGAUGAUAAACUCGGUAUGCUGGAGAAAACUCAAGAGAAUGUGCUCAAGACUGUCUUGCCAAAGCUGGUUACAUCCUUGAGUUUCAAUGAACAGAUCAUUAGUGCAUCAAAUUCAGGCCAAGUUUCUCAAGUUAAGCAAUCAACUAUAAGGCUUUCUCUAAAGAGAGCACCUGAGGAUAACAAAGAAGAGGAUAAAUAUUGUGCCUCAAAAAAAUAUCUUUACCGUCCCAGGGCGGGGCAGCAAAUUCCUUGUUGUUCAGAAGAAAAGUUAACUGCAGGAAGUUGGUCAAAGAUCGAUCCCUCAAACUUUAAGCUACGUAGUGAUAGUUAUUUCAGGGACAAGAGAAAAUUCCCUGCUCCAAAUGUGUCUCCUUAUACUCCUAUCGGGGUUGAUUUAUUUGUGUGUCCUAAGAAGAUGAAUCACAUUGCACAACACCUUGUGCUUUCCCAUGUAAAAGGAGAUGGAAAAUUUCCUCCAUUACUAAUUGUCAAUAUUCAGUUGCCCACUUAUCCAGCUCCAAUGUUCAUUGGUGAUGGUGACGGGGAAGGCUUGAGCCUUGUAAUAUAUUUCAAAAUUUCUGAAACUUAUGACAAAGACAUUUCUCCCCAGUUUCAAGACAGCAUCAAGAGAUUAGUUGAGGAUGAUAUGGAAAAGGUUAAAGGAUUUGCAAGAGAAUCAUCUGUUCCUUUUAGAGAGUGGUUGAAGAUUAUGGUUGGAGCGGUUAAUCCAGAUGAUCUUGUAUCAAAUGCUACUGAAAGUAAGCUUUUGAAUGCUUACAAUGAGAAACCCGUGCUUUCGCGCCCUCAACACAGUUUUUAUCAGGGGCCAAAUUACUUCGAGGUUGAUCUUGACAUUCAUCGCUUCAACUACAUUGCAAGAAAGGGACUUGACUCUUUUAGGGAGCGCCUAGCAUUCGGAAUAUUGGAUCUUGGUCUAACAAUUCAGGCACAGAAAUCAGAGGAGCUACCGGAGAAGGUGUUGGGAUGUGUGAGACUGAACAAGAUUAACUUUGUUGAUGAUGGCCAAAUACCAACACUUACGUGUGUUGAAGAUUCAUUUUCUGGUUGAUAUUACUACUGCCACCUACAUUUAUAGUGGAGCCUUCAAAUAGUCCCCCUUGUAAUUAAGCAAUUCCAGUUCCUAUAAAUGACAUAUUUUAUAAGAGCCAACAAAUAAAUUUUGUUUUCCUAAUAGAUGACGGACUAGCUACUGUCAGGUCAAUACGACAAUUUGGUACCAUCCAAAAAAUUUUGUUGAUGAAAAUAAUACAAAAGGGUUACUUUUGAGAGCCUCUCAAUUUGUAUUUUUAUUUGUUUGAAAACAUGUGUCAAUAAUAUUUGUGAGAAAAAGAAAACAAAAUGUAUGAGUGAAAUUUAUGGAAAGGAAAACUUAAUUUUGAA